CAGCAACCAAGCAACAAAAAUCAAAAGCUUAAGCAUAAGCUUGGUACGGUUGUCUCCAUCACCCCGACAAAACCUGCCUAGUGAUGAGGCGCAAUGCAUGCCAAGAUGUGAAUGGAUUACGCCCGGUACCGCAACGUCUCAAUGCCAAGCGGGCAAGACCCGCGCAAGCGCGGCACCCGCCACAAAGUCUGUUGUUUGCCAACUGCACGGCCAAAGGGAAUGUCGAGCCGAGUGUUAAGGAUGCAAUCCAAGUAUUGCGGCUCGUGGACGUGGAUGCUGGAUAUUUUAAGCUUCGAGUACCUUGCGUGCGCACUUCAGGCACACAGUGCGCAAGUUCAGUGAAUUAUCGCCACGUUAGUCACCAAUCUACAACAUCUUUACUCUUACAUGUACUCAAACCUUUCGUCUCCGGACCGGAUCAAUAAUACAACCCAUAUCAUUAUUCCUACAAAGCGACGGAAUUACAACAGCGACUUGGCGCAGGUAUUGUUCCAUUGCUCACGGUCCCUGUCUCCACCUCGGCUCGAAUGUCUUUACAAGGUUAUACCGACUGGCGAGUUCUUGUCUUCACCGGUUCACCUGGUAUCAUGUCAAGUCAUGACUUUGCAGAUAUUGGCUUGGCUUGGCUCUACAUACUACGAUAGGUAGUAUGACAGACUAUGCGCGAUAUUCAGGAGAUUGGUAAUUUCGAAUGCAUUCGACAUGCAACAUCAAUCGAUGAUGCUUUAGCUGGGGGAUGAAGAUAAAAGACUCGACUUUCCUCUCGUUGUUUCCAAUAUCCUCUUGCUCAGACAGCCACUUCACCAAGAGCAGUCGGCCUCUCCUAGCCACCACUUUCGUUCAACGAUAUCAUUCUCUACCAACAAUAUGGGCCUCGCAGCUGUCAGCAGGAUCGUCCUGCUCCUUUUCGCCACCGUCCUCUGCGGCGUGCUGGCUCAGGAUGCGCCCCUAUGGAUCCAGGGCGACUUUAAUGAUGCCACCGUCGCUGACGACACUUACAACAGCGGCGGUACCAUUACUGUCAACGGCUGGGUCAUGAAGGUUCCCAAGAACCUCUUGGUUCAGUUCCCAGCUGCUUGGGUCCCUUGGAGGGAGUUUGUGGCCAUCAAGAACGACUUGGUCGGCUUUGAGACUUUGGUCAUCGGCAACACGGUCAACGGUGAGCAGCGCGUCGGUCAGGUGGUCAUCUACCAGUUCUUUGAGAACCUGGCCAGCGGCUUCAUCGACAGCAUCGACAUGGCCGACGGUAGCCUGCAGCUGCGCAACGGACCCAAGGUCCGCAUCAACGACCCCAACGGCGUCUUCUCGGUCGGCUACAAGGGCUUCCCCCAGUUCACCGCCGACGACGUCAACCCCAGCAUCACCUCCUUCUCGGGCUUCCCCAUGUGCAUCCCCCGCAACACCACGGACCCGCUGUGCCCCCUGAGCCAGCGUCCCUUUGCCGGGCCCGGCAUCUUUACCGCCCCGGACCCUCUCGUCAUGGCGCCUCUCCAGGUCGGCGACUUUAUCACCUACUCGGGCAUCCGCAAGAACGGCGAGAUCCUGGCCUUCAACAUCGUCACCAUGAACACGCAGAUCCAGACCGUCGGCAAUGUGGCCUACGUGCGCGUGGAGCUGGCCCUGCUGGGCAUCGACAACCCGUCCCCCAACGCCGAGAUCACGCCCACGCGCUUCGUCGGCUUCACGUCCAACAACCGCGCCACCAUCUCCCUCUACGCCAUGGACGUCGACCCCUGCACCGGCGAGACCAGGGACCGCAUCAUCGCCUCGACCGGGCUCCGCGGCGGGCGCAACGAGCAGAACAAGUUCGAGUACCGCAACAACGUCCUGGCCCGCUACACCCGCGAGUACCGCGCCACCGUCGAGAUCAACGGCAUCCAGCAGACCCGCGUCACCAAGAACGGUCUCGUCGCCGGCACCUACGUCGCCCCGGUCAACGUCUGGGUCCAGGGCGAGCAGGUCGUGCCCGGCACCGCCCCGGUCCCCCACGACUUUUCCGAGAUGGGCUGGCUCACCCAGGGCGUCGGCGCCGACGAGAGCGGCAACAUCUGGGGUCCGCUCGACCCCUUCCCCCAGACCGGAGUCCUCAUCGAGCCUCCCGUCUGCGCCGUGGUCACCCCGGCCGCCCGCGUGGCCAGCAACACCACCGUCUCCGAGACCAUCACCCGCCGCUCUGCCAAGUUCAAGCGCGACACCUACGCACAGGCUCGGUCCGAGGCCAUUGCCGAUGCUCAGAACGGGGGCACCACCGACCCGGGUUUCAAGGUCGACCCUGCCGAGCAGGCCCUGAUCGAUGCCAAGAUGGCCAAGAAGGCGGCCGCCGCUGCUGCCGCCGGCGUCACUCUGGCUUAGAGGCUUGCAUGAAUAGCAGUUGUGCUUUUGAAACAUGCAACUGCAGAAGCAAAAGGUUGUUGCAACCUUGACUACCCACCUAUUUUCUAUGUACAGUCACGAAAGACAGGCAUGACAAAUUUAAUAACGAGUUGCCCG